AUGCCGGUGGCGAAAAGGCGACGAGGCGGGAAAACUGCUGCAGUUGAGCCGGACACUCGCGACACACGCUCGGAUGCAGUCGCAGACCGGAAACGCACUGCCGCUGAGGUACCUGCGUCGAAGCUUCCAGGAAAGAUCACGGACUUUGGAAGCGUUCCUCUGUCGAGACCUCUCGCCCCACCACUGCUCUUCGAGCUAGCUGAAGAGCGUGCGGACGAUCUUUGCCGACUUGUGCUGGUCUCCCACGAGGGACGCCCGGUGUCCAGCGUCGACGCCCUAUCGGAGUCGGAGUGGCGGGGGUUUGCGACUCAGGCAGUGCUGGCUCGCGAAGCUUGCUUCGCUGCUAUACAGGGCGUACACCAGGGUGAGGCUCGUUCAGAGGACACGAUUAAAGGAAACCAACGCGCAGCAGCACGCGAUGUCAGUGAAACUGCGAGCGACGCUGAGGCGGAACCAUCUCCAGAAACUGCUAUCCAGACGUCCGUAUCUAUUGCGGUGAGCGAAAUGGAUGAAAUGAUCACUCUAUUAGAUGCUGUAAUUGGUGGGUUUCUGCAGACCUGCGCUGCAGAAAGGUCAGGCUCUACUCGAGUCGAAGGCGGGGCCUCUCCGGCAGCACCACCACCUAUCCUGCGCCCGGUUCCUCGAGACCGCUUGACAAGCCUCAAAACGCCGGAGACAUUGCAUCUGCAUUCCAAAGACAUGGAUACAGAACGAGAUACAGCGAUAGUAAGCGUACAACGAGGAUCGAGCGAUUCCAUGGGCUGGGCUCCACUCUGGAUGCGUCGUGUUCAAACACUACAGUCGAUUGCGGCGUUUUUGCGCCAUCAGCAUGAGGUACUGGUUGGGCAAGGGACCAAGAAUCGUCGCUUUCGUGAAGAUCUUGCAAUGCUCUGUUACGGAGACACGACAAGUUGCUCUGUGAAUCGUUUGCGCCCGGUUCUGCUCGAUACCCGUCUCUUGAGCGAUACGAGAACAACAACAACAACAGCAGCAGCAGCAAUGAGUCCGAAAGCUGGUACGCAGCGAAUACGGAUCGAAGCGCACCUCCAUGAUGACUGCUGGAUACCGCUCUGGCCCUGCGAGCGACACGAGUCUGCACUCCAUGGCCAUAUCUCCGUACACGCAUCGGAUAUCGCUUCCCGUCUGGACUGCACCUGCCCGGUGCUGUUGCAGUGUUUCCGUGGACCAGAAUCCUCGACCUGGUAUCCAGAUCAAGAGCCAUUACUGCCCUUACAAAACCCAGAUCCGAUGUCGUUCCGUUCCGUGCCUUCUGCGAUGAAUGCAAACUCGGAAUUCGUCGGUGUGGCUGCAGUUCGCCGUCUUCUGUUCAGGGUACGCUAUCAGCAGACAAUGCGACGACUGUAUGAGCGACUCAUCCACCAGGCGCAUGACUGGCUUCGGAUGUCCUUGCAGAGGCGAUACCCUGGAUCGCCGUUCGCCCGAUACGAUGGCGUCUGCGAUCUUCGCGACGUUGACGAACGAGGCUUCACUUUCUACGAUGCGCUCUCAGAGCAGGCGCUGCUGCGCGUUGCACUUGAACAGAAAACUCCUGGGGUGCUCAGAAGCGAAACGCAUAGCGCUUCGGUGCCGCCGCUCCUGCAAGUUGUUGAUGAUAUCGUCGGGCAACACGGUGCUGAUUUUCCUGUGUUAUGGCAACUCCUGGGCAAUGCGUUGCGCAUCUGUCAUGGAACACUAGCUGUGUACACCGCAAGUCAGACAUUGGGGCUGCUCGUUGCGAGCCGUCGCGACGGGUCACUGCAUCCUCACGAUGCAGCUGCUUCACGUGCCGACGUUGCGCACUUUACAUUGGAGGUACGCUGGCCACAAACCGCUGGUGAUGCAGCCAGUGUAUGUCGGCUUCACUUCGGGAGCGAUGCAGUUUCUGGGUGGGCAUCAACGGAUGCCGCCUCCCAUCCAGAAAAGCUCUCGGAUCCUUCCCAGUUCAUUGCGUUCUUGAUUCGCAGUGUAGAAUCGACACUGCUACGUCGAGCGAUCGAUGCAUGGCAUCGCGCGCUGCGUACACAGGCCCUGGAGUACGAGGUAGCGCUCCUUGCGAGCGGCGUCGCUCGAGUGAAGGUAUGGCCUUCGGGUGCUGCGGCCUCAAGCGAUGUCGUGGAACCACAGCGGAUCACGAUGCAUGUGGAGGCGCUGCAGAGCCCGUCAGCCUUGCCCAAAUGGACGGGGCAUGUUCAAUUCAGACUUUGUUUGAACAGUGAGGAAUGCUUUGUCGGCGAUGCUGGUGCGCUCUGGACCUAUUUGGACGAGUCGCUCAAUAUCCAGCGCCUGUUGCCGAACCUGUGA